GCUGGGAAUUGAACUCAGGUCCUCUGGAAGAACAGCCAGUGCUCUUAACCGCUGAGCCUUCUCUCCAGCUCCUGGUUUUGUCCUUUUAAAUAGGCGAGGGCUCCCUGGAGACUCGACUUGGACUCCAAGGUGUAGCCUUGCCCUCGGGGUGUGUGCUCAGCUGUCCUUUUGUGGGAGCAGAGAGGUCCUGAGUUCCCUGCCCUCGGGGUGUGUGCUCAGCGGUCCUUUCCCAGGAGCAGAGUCCUGAGUUCCCUGUUAGGCCCAGGAAGCAUUCCACUUUUAUUCUCUGACAUGGGGAUCUGGCGAAGACACCCCAGGUGGCCUUGAACUCCUGGGAUGCACGAUCUCCUGGGAUGCACGAUCUAACGGCCUUGGCCUUCUGAGUAGAUGGGGCCCCCGGCUCUCACCACUGACCCAGCUUUGUCCCACUUUUUGAUGCAUGGCCUUCUGCGGGGCUGCUGGGUGGGAGGGUGAAUGAGGUGUCCCACUCCCGUGAUGUUGGCCUCUUGCCCAGUUCGUGUGGGAGGACACUUUCCCGGUGGCUGGUAACCUGGAGUGUGAGUGUGACUUUGGCAUGCCAAGGACCACUUGGCUGUUGUGGAGCUGUCUCCUACCCAGGCAGUUUGUUAGCGCUCUGUCACCUCUCUGAUGACACUAGAGUCCUAGAGACCCCAGGUGUGGGGGCUUCUCCUCAAAUGGAGAAGAGCAGAGUCUGUGGGCUGGGGUCCAGCUCCGUUGGUAGAGGGCUCGCCUGGCACACAGGGCUCUCCUGGCACACAGGGAGCUCUGAGCUCCACCCCAGCACCAUGUGAACUGAGUGUGAUGGUGCCAGCCUGUCACCCCAGCACUUGGGAAGCAGCGGCCAGAGGAUCAGGAGUUCAAGUUCAUUCUUGGCUACGUAGUGAUUUCAAGGCCAGCCUGGGCGGGGACGGGUGUGGCUGCAGGACCUGCUGUCCCUUCCCUCCUUGCUGCUCUUGUGGAGGAAGUCGCCUGGAUGACCCACUUGGCUUCAGCACCCCUGGAUCCUUGCUCUCAAGCCCUUUCUCUCCCCAGAGACCAAACAAGUGGUUCCUGUCACCUCUCUGGGUACCCCUUAGACACCACCCCGCCCAGCCUGACCAAUGUCCACAGCCAGGGAACAGCCCAUCUUCAGCACCCGCGCGCACGUGUUCCAGAUAGACCCCACCACCAAGAGGAACUGGAUCCCAGCCGGCAAGCACGCGCUCACUGUGUCCUACUUCUACGAUGCCACCCGAAAUGUGUACCGCAUCAUCAGCAUCGGGGGUGCCAAGGCUAUCAUCAACAGCACAGUCACCCCCAACAUGACCUUCACCAAGACCUCUCAGAAGUUUGGUCAGUGGGCAGACAGUCGCGCCAACACUGUGUAUGGCCUCGGCUUUGCCUCGGAACAGCAGCUGACCCAGUUUGCUGAGAAGUUUCAGGAGGUGAAGGAAGCUGCCAGGCUGGCUCGGGAGAAAUCUCAAGAUGGUGGAGAAUUCACUAGUUCUGCCCUGGCCCUUGCCUCCCACCAGGUCCCCCCGAGCCCCUUGGUCAGCACCAACGGCCCGGGCGAGGAGAAGCUGUUCCGAAGCCAGAGUGCAGACGCCCCCGGCCCCACCGAGCGGGAGCGGCUGAAGAAGAUGCUGUCGGAAGGCUCCGUGGGUGAGGUCCAGUGGGAGGCCGAGUUCUUCGCACUCCAGGACAGCAACCAGAGGCUGGCGGGGGCCCUUCGCGAGGCCAACGCGGCCGCCGCGCAGUGGAGGCAGCAGCUGGAGGCCCAGCGUGCAGAGGCUGAGCGCCUGCGGCAGCGGGUGGCGGAGCUGGAGGCCCAGGCGGCUGCAGAGCCGGUCCCGGCGGCCCCCGCGGCGGCGGCGGCGGCGGCGGGCGAGAAGGAGGCAACCGGCCAGUCCGUGGAGCAACUUGAGGCUCAGGUGCAGACCAAGGACCAGGAGAUCCAGACUUUGAAGAAUCAGAACUUGGGGACACGAGAAGCUCCUGACACCACUGAGCGGGAGGAGACACAGCAGAAGGUUCAGGAUCUGGAAACACGGAACGCCGAACUGGAGCAGCAGCUGCGGGCAAUGGAGUGCAGCCUGGAGGAGGCGCGGGCGGAACGCGAGCGCGCGCGGGCAGAGGUGGGCCGGGCCGCACAACUGCUGGACGUGCGGCUGUUCGAGCUGAGCGAGCUGCGCGAGGGCCUGGCGCGCCUGGCAGAGGCGGCACCCUAGUUGGCCCCGUGGGUCUGUGACCCCAAGGUGCCCUGGCAGGGGCCCAGGGCUGCCGCUGAGCUUUGCACUGUGUAGAGUUUUCUAGAAUCCAUGGGUGGCGCUGAUACCCAGAUUGCAUUUCUACGUGGCUGUACAAGUGCGUGGCGCUGCGGGCACCUGCUGCCGCUGGCUGCUGCCACCCUCGUCCCAGGGAUGUGGAGGAGGGCCUCAGUGGUCAUCCCCGUGGGGCAACAGAGGCUUUGGGGACCAGAGACCCGCAGCCUGCACCCAUCCCGCCUCAUUCUCAAGUCAGACUGCCAGGUUCGGAGUGUUUACUGAGGUCCUCUGGGGCCCGCCCCGCGGCGGGCGCUCCCUGCUUUCUGUCGCUGCCGAAGCGUCUGCCCCACCUUCUCCUUGAAGCGGCGGUUCUGCUGCUUGAUCUUGGCCAGCUCCGCCUUGCGCUUAGCCUCCAGGUCCGGGUCCUGAGGAAGGGAGCGGCUGAGAAAGGCAGGCGCAGGGAAGCUUCCCAGGGUAGCUCUCCCCAAGCCCAGCCCACCCUUACUGGCCACACCCCCACGCCUGGCCCUGCCCACCGGGCCCUCCCCACCCCGGUCCACCUUCCCCUCCAGAAUCAGCUGCUUCCGCUUGUUGAUCUCCUUCUUUUCAUCGAAAUGCGAGGCCUCCAGUUUCUAGCAGGAGAGAGCACAGGUCAGGACAGGCCCGCGGGGAGCCCCGCCCCACACCCCGACAGCCGAGGCCACUCACGAUCUCACAUUCUCUGCGCACCACGUUGACCUGCGUGAGGAUGUUCAGGACCUCGGCCUCCUCCACCGCCAGCUCCUCCAGCUGCUUCUCUGCGGAGCGGGAGGGAGACCCAGACAGCAGCACUGAGUGGGGCUGAGUGCCAUUGGCCCUCUGCACCCCCACUUCUGGAUGUCUGCAUCCAGCCAUAUGUGGACUGAUGACAUUCAAAAAAUGCAAAAUUGUGCCUGUUAUCACAACACUGGGAAGGCAGAGGCAGGGGGAUCACUGUGAGUUCCAGGCAAGCUCUGUAGAGCAAGGAUCUCUCUCAAAUAAAUGAAUGAAUAAAUGAAGGA